CUGAUGGGUGACAUGCAUGCACCGUGUGAUGAUGUGUGUGUGUGGCGGGAAUACUCCCAGCUCCUCUGGUGCUGAGACAAGGGGGUCACCGGCCGCCAUGGCCACUUACCAUGACAAUGAGCAGCGGCCGGUAGAGACGGCGCUAGGGCCACUCGCACCAUAACAUGGACGUUGCUGGAGAUCAUUAAAUAAGAAAAGAAGUUUGAUUCACAAGACAACAAGUGACAGAAACCUGAGUCUGUCUUUCAUCCCCCCCAGCGCCGCGGCCAAUCAGAGACCUCCAUUCAAACAGCGCCCCUCCCUGUCACAGGCCGGAGAGGGAGGGGGUAUAUCUGUCACCAACUACUAGAAACAAGUAGCCGUCACCUACACUCUGCACUGCGGCUGCUGCAGCACAUCAUCGGCGCGGACUCGCACCUGGGCACAGGUAACGCGGAGCGGCAGCAUGACCGAGCUUGCACGAUCAGACUUGAUGGAGGAAAUGGAAUUUGUCCCCAAGACUGACAGUGAUGUUGGGGAAGAUGACAGCAGUGUGGAGUUGGAAGUGCCUGGUUCUAAAAGGAAACGCAGAGGAAAUCUCCCCAAAGAGUCUGUGAAAAUCCUGCGUGAUUGGUUAUAUGAGCACCGCCACAAUGCCUAUCCAUCCGAGGCAGAGAAAACUAUUUUGUCUGGACAAACUCGCCUCACUGUGCUGCAGAUUUGCAACUGGUUCAUUAAUGCCCGCCGGCGAAUAUUGCCUGAAAUGCUUCGCAAGGACGGGAAGGAUCCCAACCAGUAUACAAUUUCUCGCAAGGGAAACAAGACGCCUGAGCCCCCUGCACCUGUUCUGCAUAGGGCAAUUGAGUUCCCCCCGGUUAAGCAAAUUGAACUCCCUUCAAUUACACACAUGGAACACAGUACAAUUCCUAGUAUGUUGGUUGUUCCCCCUAUGGCUUCUGGCAUGCUGCCUCUAAUUUAUCCAUUUAGGCACCCCAUUCAUGCGCUUGCCACAGUUAGUCAUGAACUUGUAAUGCAGAAAGUGACUCCCACCAUGAAGGCUGAAGAAGGUGGCUCCUCAGCAGAGUUGCCCAACAAACGCAGUUUCUUCUCCUCUGAGUUUGGACAAACGCCCUCAUCUUCCUCUCCUACUUGCGAUGUUGAAGGUGCAAACAUCAGCAGAUUGCAGAUCCUGGCACAUGUGGCUACACAAUGUAUAGCAGAAAUGGAGGCUGAAGAGGCUAGGCGUGAGGCCGCUCGUUGUGCCCUGAAUUCCCUACAAGCUUCGUAUUCCAUUAAGGAGGAACAAUGUUAAAACAUGUAACACCUCUUAACAAAGUUGCAUUCUGCGUUAUUGUUUCCCUAAUCCCCAGAUUGUUCAUCCAUUUCCUGGAUUUUAAUAGACUUCUUUUUUAUUUUUAUUUUGAGAGCUAUAAUGAAGACCACAAGGAAAAGCUAGACCAAAAUGGAACGUACCCAUUUUAACUCUGCAAAGAAUGCACAAACCCCCAUCGCUGACUUGGGGGCUCUUUGCAAAGAGGCAAGGUCAUAGGUUUUGGUUUUUAUGGACUUCCAGUACUUAUGCUGUUUACAUUUGGUAUCAAAUCCCCCAACUUCUUUUAUAGUUGGAAUUUAUAUGAUGGCAAAUGGGCACCUUGAGACACUAUGGGUGGGGUGGCCAUAUUAACUGAACCCUUUAGCACAGUGUUCUUCAAAUAUGCUGCUACCCCCCUCUGCACUUUAUCGUCACAAUGACCAAAGGUCACUCGGCAAUGAAUAGGAGUAUCACUACAGCUGGCUUCUGGAGUAGGUGACUUGCACAGAACAAUUCUUCAACCUUCUCGGACUUGCCCAGCAUCUUACAUUGCUGCUUGGUUGUUCAAGUGUUUGGUGGAGAGGAGGGGCAACUCAUUCUCAUUAACUGAGCUUCCUUCGUGACACUGUGUUUACUUAAAAUUCUUUUUUUGAUUUAUGUACUUUGAAACUGUGAAUGUUAAUUACUGAUAUAUGGUCACAAAGCGUCAAGUAUUUUCAUAGGGUUGUGGCAGGGUUUUUUGUUACAUAUUUUUUUACUUUAUUCUUCCCAUCUGACUCUGCAGCCUGUCGCUGUUAGUGCCACUUUUUUUUUUUUGUUAGAUAAGACAGUAUUAGUUUGAAAUGUAUUUUUAUACCAUGACACUUGUUCAUCUAAAACGGUGUAAGCCUGUCUACAUUCAAGAGCUUAUUCUUUAUAACAGGGUUGGGUAACUGAGUAUGCCCGUUAGUGUAUUCAUUUUAUCAUUCCCCAGUGAAACCACUAGAUGGCGUAAUAUUUACAUGAACCUCAAUUCUCCUGUGUAGUUUUUGCAGCCAGUUCCACCGGCACAAUGUAGGUUGGUAAAGGUGCAUGCAUUCAUCCAGGAAACCUUUUGCAAGUUGCAGAAAUAUUAUGAUGAUUUAUGACUAGUGUGCCUUCCAUAAGCUUGUACUGUGUAGAAAAUAUUCCCCUCCCUUUAAAUAUGUGUAUUAAUAAAUUUUGUUUCAUGUGUGUUUAUAAACUGGUCAUUCAGACUCAUGAAAGGUCAUUUUCAAAGUUGCAGCUAGACUGUCUACGCAAAUUACUACAAUGUUGCAGAACUUGGUGCUGCAGAACUUUGAUACUAAUAUGUAUGAAUACAAUUGUAUUGCUUAGUUGGGGCACAUAUGCAAUUAUUGGCUGAAUCUGCAGGUAAUUGCAUACUGUAUAGCAGCAACUGAUCAAUAAUCGGACAGUAAGGCAUGAGAAGUUUUCCAACAUGCCCGACUGAUCCAAUCAUUGUGUAUGCACUGCUGCCCAACAUGUCCCCUGUUCCUUCACAGGGGAGGAACCCAGAUAUUGUUUGGCCAUACACUGAAAUAUUUUGGUGUAUGGCCACAAUAUCUCUUGGUUUACGUUGUCUGCCGAUGUAUGCCCAGAAUUAGCUGGUUUUCCUACAAAUCAUCAUACGUCUAAAGAAAAUCUGUUGGCUAUUUGCAGCUUCCCAAUUGUAUAUCUUUAACAAAGACACAUUUGGGUGGAUGGGGGUUUGUUUGUCUCCCUUUUCCAUGUGUUAUGUACAUGUCUUACACAUGUGGCCCUUUUUUUUUAUUAUUUAUUUUUUUACUCAUGUUAAAAUUAUAUUCUUUUGACGGGUCAUAGGAUUUUCAAAACUGAAUAGUGGAGAUAUCCUAGAAUUUUAGAAUUACUACAAUUUUGCAGAUCUUAGUGAUACUCUGAUUACUAAUAUGCAUAAACAGUUUUAUAAGUUUCAUAUUUUCAUAAAUGUAGAAGUCUUAGAAAAAUGUCUGUGCAAUCUCCCCAUUCUACAUUGUGAAGAGUAGUGGUAGUACAGGUUGAGUAUCCCAUAUCCAAAUAUUCCGAAAUACGGAAUAUUCCGAAAUACAGACUUUUUUGAGUGAGAUAGUGAAGACUGUUUUCUGAUGGCUCAAUGUGCACAAACUUUGUUUAAUACACAAAGUUAUUAAAAAUAUUGUAUUAAAUGACCUUCAGGCGGUGUGUAUAAGGUGUAUAUGAAACAUAAAUGAAUUGUGUGAAUGUAGACACACUUUGUUUAAUACACAAAGUUAUACAAAAUAUUGGCUAAAAUUACCUUCAGGCUGUGUGUAUAUGUAACAUAAAUGCAUUCUGUGCUUAAGACUUUGGUCCCAUCGCCAUGAUAUCUCAUUAUGGUAUGCAAUUAUUCCAAAAUACGGAAAAAUACCAUAUCCAAAAUACCUCUGGUCCGAAGCAUUUUGGAUAAGGGAUACUCAACCUGUAGUUCAUUACAUGUUGGUGCCUUCCUUGUGGGGGCAAUCCCACCCAAAUACAGACAGGAACAGAGGUGGCACUCAAAGACUUGCACAUAAUAGUGAAAAAACACCCCUCCAGGGAUGCUGUUUUAAUGUGGGUGACGUUUUGGGGACGUAUCCCCUUCCUCAG